ACUUGAACGAGUAUUUUAAAAUCCAAUAUUCAAAAUAUGAAAACAUAACGAUUAUCUCAUUACAAUAAAUUCUCAAUUUUAUCUCCCAUCACAAAAUACAACCUUGCAUUUGUUCCGAGUUCUCAAAUUUUAUUAUGAAAAUUCAACUAUUAAAAUGAGACAGUAAUGUAACUUUGUAUUAUCUAUGCCUUUCAACGACACAAAUAAACAAAGUUUGAUGAGUGGUACGUGUGAAUAAACCAGUUCCACAUCAAACUAAUUAAGACACAAUAUAUCUUUGUUUCGAACUCUAUAUAAAGCACAGAUUAUAUACUAUCCAAAGAUGCACUCAUCAAUCCACAUACGUGAGAGCUAUGGCUUUCAAAGUUGUAAGCUCUCUCGGCCUCCUUGCAAUAACUCUGGCCAAUUUUCUUUUCUUCAGUACUGAGAAUGCUGCUGCACAAACACCGUCUCGUAAAGUAAACAUUCCAUUUACAAAACAUAAUUUCCCACCCAAAUUCAUUUUUGGAUCUGCUUCUUCUGCCUAUCAGUAUGAAGGAGCAGCAGCUGAGGAUGGAAGAGGACCGAGCGUAGCUGAUACGUUCACCCAUGGCCAUCCAGAAAUGAUAGCAGAUCAUAGCAAUGGAGAUGUAGCUGAUGACUUCUACCAUCGCUACAAGGAAGAUGUGAAAUUAAUGAAAUUCAUUGGCAUGAACGGCUUCCGGUUUUCAAUCUCGUGGUCAAGGGUUUUGCCUCAUGGGAAGCUAAGUAAAGGAGUGAACCAGCUUGGCAUCGCCUUUUACAAUAAUCUCAUCAAUGAACUACUCGCGAAUGGGAUAACACCUUUUGUCACACUAUUUCACUGGGAUACUCCGCAAGCUCUGGAAGACGAAUAUGGCAGCUUCCGAAACAUUAGUAUCGUUGAAGACUUUAGGGAUUACGCAGAGCUUUGUUUCAGAGAAUUUGGUGACAGAGUGAAGUAUUGGACCACCUUCAAUGAGCCAUGGUCAUUCUCCACCGGUGGUUAUGACUCCACAUCAUUUAUAGGCACAUUAGGUCCAGCCAGGUGUUCUAAAUGGAUGAAUAAAUGCAAAGAAGGAGAUUCUUCCACUGAGCCUUAUUUGGUUGCCCACCACAUUCUCCUUUCUCAUGCCACUGCAGCCAGACUCUACAGGAAGAAAUACAAGCCCAUCCAAAAAGGGAACAUAGGAAUAGUGCUAGUGACAAACUGGAUGAUGCCUUUAAACCCAAGAAGCAAAGCUGAUGCAUUGGCUACCAAACGAGCCCAAAGCUUUUACCUUGGAUGGUUUCUUGAUCCAUUGACCUACGGUGAUUACCCAACAUUGAUGCGGGAGGAAUUAGGAGAAAGGUUACCAAGAUUCACAGCACAGGAAUCAGAAUUCGUGAAAGGGACAUUGGAUUUCCUUGGUUUGAACUAUUAUACUUCCAACUAUGUUAUUGACAUCCCUACUCGUACCACUGUUAAUACAUCUUACACAACCGAUGUUCGUGCAACUCUCACCGGUAAGUCCCUAAGUCUUACUAUUGAAAUUGUGUACUAUUUUUUUAUUAAAAAAAAAACUGCAAAAAUUUACGUGUCUGUUAGCGAUUGAUGUUACCAAUGGACAUAUGAGACUGUUGAAAGCUAAGGAAUGAUUUAGAAUGAUUUAUUGAGACGGCAGAAUUAAUUAAAAGGAUUAAAGUACUAACUCAAAGGAUCAAUCGAGAGUGGUUCAGUUACUUGGUUUAUUUCGCAACAUUGAGAUUUGAAGUUUAAACAUCUGUAUUCUUGCUUAAGUUUUUAAUGUUAAGAAGGCGAGUUAAAUUUCACUUAAAUAAUAUUGAUGUACAGGAUUUAAUUCGUUGUUUUCACAGGUAUAAAGAAUGGAAAAGCUCUUGGAGCAGCGGUAUGUUAAUUUCCUUAAGUAUUAAUUUCCCUAAUAUUUCAACCCCGAAAAAAAAAAGAUAAAAACCAUUAAAAAAGAAUUGAGGAUGUUAAUUUUACACCGAAAAACAUAAUACUUCCUUUGUCCCAAAAUUAUUGUCCAGUUUGAAUUUUUAUUUCUAAACUGGACAACGAUUUCGAGACGGAGAGAGCAAUAAUCUUCUGCUUAUAUUGGGUUGAAAUCGAUUGAAAGCGCUGUUGAUUUCUUCUUUUCUUUCUUUUUUUUAUUUUUUUUACCCCGUUAUUUGGACCAAAAUGUAGACAGCAGCACCGUUUCUGUUUGUAUAUCCCCAAGGGCUUCCUCAGCUUCUCGUCUACAUAAAGGACAACUAUAAGAAUCCAAUCGUCUACAUUACCGAAAAUGGUAAGAGAUCAUUACAACUUCCGGUCCUUAUUAUAAGACAUUUUGACUUUUCGUAGAUUAAACUUAGUACACAUUUUUAAUUGACAAAAAAAAUUUUAAAAUAUAUUUUCACAUUCAUUGUAUUCUCUUGAUUGUUAUGAAAUAUUUUUAAGAUUUUUUCGUCGAUUAAAAAUGU